GUGGCGGCGGCGCCGGCCUGGCCUGGCCUGGCUGAGGGGAGGCGGCGGGCGGGCGCGAUGGCGGAGGCCGGGCCACAGGCGCCGCCGCCCCCGGGCACCCCAAGCCGGCACGAGAAGAGUCUGGGACUUCUCACCACCAAGUUCGUGUCGCUUCUGCAGGAGGCCAAGGACGGCGUGCUUGACCUCAAGCUGGCAGCUGACACCCUAGCUGUGCGCCAGAAGCGGCGGAUUUAUGACAUUACCAACGUGUUAGAAGGUAUUGGGCUGAUCGAGAAAAAAUCCAAGAACAGCAUCCAGUGGAAGGGUGUGGGGCCUGGCUGCAACACCCGAGAGAUUGCCGACAAGCUGAUUGAGCUCAAGGCAGAGAUCGAGGAGCUCCAGCAGCGGGAGCAAGAACUGGACCAACACAAGGUGUGGGUGCAGCAGAGCAUCCGGAACGUCACAGAGGACGUGCAGAACAGCUGCUUGGCCUACGUGACUCAUGAGGACAUCUGCAGAUGCUUUGCUGGAGACACCCUCCUGGCCAUCCGGGCCCCAUCGGGCACCAGCCUGGAGGUGCCCAUCCCAGAGGGUCUCAAUGGGCAGAAGAAGUACCAGAUCCACCUAAAGAGUGUGAGUGGCCCCAUCGAAGUGCUGCUGGUGAACAAGGAGGCAUGGAGCUCACCACCUGUGGCUGUGCCUGUGCCGCCACCUGAAGAUCUGCUCCAGAGCCCACCUGCUGUUUCUACCCCUCCACCUCUGCCCAAGCCUGCCCUAGUCCAGCCCCAGGAAGCCUCACGUCCAAGCAGUCCCCAGCUGACCACUUCCACCCAUGUCCCUGGCACCACCGAAGUCCUAGGGGUGGCCAGCCCAGCAGCUGAGAUCACAGUGAGUGGUGGCCCUGGAACUGAUAGCAAGGACAGUGGUGAGCUCAGCUCACUCCCGCUGGGCCCGACAGCACUGGACACCCGGCCACUGCAGUCUUCUGCCCUGCUGGACAGCAGCAGCAGCAGCAGCAGCAGCAGCAACAGCAGCAGUUCAGCUGGACCCAACCCUUCUACCUCUUUUGAGCCCAUCAAGGCAGACCCCACAGGCGUUCUGGAACUCCCCAAAGAGCUGUCAGAAAUCUUUGAUCCCACACGAGAGUGUAUGAGCUCGGAGCUGCUGGAGGAGUUGAUGUCCUCAGAAGUGUUUGCCCCCCUCCUCCGUCUUUCUCCGCCCCCGGGAGACCACGAUUACAUCUACAACCUGGACGAGAGUGAAGGUGUCUGUGACCUCUUUGAUGUGCCUGUUCUCAACCUGUGACUGACAGGGACAUGCCCUGUGUGGCUGGGACCCAGACCUGGGGGCUGCCUGGGGACCUCCCCUGACCCACUCCUACACAGCUUGAGAGCCACAGACUUCUGGUUCUCCAGCCUCCCCUCUGCACAGUUCUGGCCACAGCUCCCAUUCCUGUACUGGCACUUGCACUGUGCUCACAGUGCAGGGGAAAGGGGCUCAGCCCCCACCACGGCGGAGCCAAAGCGUUUGUCUCUCCUUUUCUGGGGCCUUCCCCAGCCCAGGCUCGGCUGCCACCCAGUGGCUCAGAACCCAGGACCCGCCAUCGCCCCCAGAGGGCAGCUUGUCCAGCCCCACUGCCCUGCUGCCACCCCGUUUCCCCCCAGGGAGAGAAGGGUGGGGUAGAGCUGGGCACAUGCCAGCCCACCCCUGGUUUCCUUCGCUGCUCCCCACCCCUCAGCCCUCUGGCUCUUUGUGGACCUCUUAUGUGCCCCUCUUUUGGGCCCUUAGCCCUGGAAACGCAGGUGGCCAUGGGGAGGCGCUAACAAGAAGGAACAGAGGUCCCUAGCUAGGAAUCUGGGCAGUCUGGCCCUGAGGAUUAGCCCAGCUCCCGCUGCCCCAUAGCCCCCCUUGUUUCCAUUUAUUCAUUUACCCUCAUUUAGAGCCAUUUGCAGAGAUUUAGAAAGAUUUACAGUAACGAAUGGAUUCCUAUAUAAAAGAUUAUUUUUAUACUUUUUGCAGCAAAAGGAAAUUGUAAUAUUUGUACAGUGUCCAAGUGAAUAAAGACCAUGCCUAAGGCUA